AACCCCUCGAUUUCUCCUCCCAAAACAGAGGCUUAAAUAAAGCUCUAAAACCCUUCUGGCCUUCUCCAGUUACUCCGUCCGGCCGGUGAAAUCCAUUUUCCUCUCACAUCUUCACUCCCUCGAUCUACAAGUUGGCUCUCAUUCUUCAGCUGAGCAGGUUCAGUUCAUUAAGAAUGGCUGCAACUGCCACCUCUACUCUGCAAAUUGCAACAGCAAGGUCAUGCAUGUCUUCUCCUCGAAAGCUGGUGAAGGCCGGUGCCGCUGUCCUUGGAACCAGUUCUAAACAGUUGUCGUGGUCUAAGCUUGCAAGUUCUUCAAGUGUUUCGUCAGUACAACCAUUGCAGAGAUCGUUCAUGAAAUCAUCUGUUAGGUCCUGUAAAGUUGCUACCAAGGCUAUGGCUGAAUCUGGUGAUACUAAGCCAGCUCCUGGACUGCCGAUAGAUUUGCGAGGCAAACGGGCAUUCAUUGCUGGUGUGGCUGAUGAUAAUGGGUAUGGUUGGGCUAUCGCAAAAUCUCUGGCUGCUGCUGGUGCUGAAAUACUUGUUGGAACCUGGGUGCCUGCUUUGAACAUCUUCGAGAGCAGCCUGCGACGAGGAAAGUUUGAUGAAUCACGCGUGCUACCGGAUGGCUCGUUGAUGGAGAUUACCAAAGUAUAUCCGUUGGAUGCUGUGUAUGACAAGAUGGAGGAUGUCCCUGAAGAUGUUAAAACAAAUAAGCGUUAUGCAGGAUCUACUAACUGGACAGUUCAGGAAGUGGCUGAGUCUGUGAAACAGGAUUUCGGCAGCAUCGACAUCCUUGUUCACUCACUUGCGAAUGGCCCCGAGGUAACCAAACCUCUUCUGGAGACAUCAAGGAACGGUUACCUUGCAGCACUAUCAGCCUCAAGUUACUCCUAUAUUUCACUAUUGAAGCACUUCCUUCCAAUAAUGAACCAAGGUGGCUCUUCAAUUUCUCUAACAUACAUUGCAUCUGAAAGGAUCAUACCAGGGUAUGGUGGAGGUAUGAGUUCUGCCAAAGCUGCACUUGAGAGUGACACGCGAGUGCUUGCUUUUGAGGCAGGGAGGAGGCGAAAAAUUAGAGUGAACACCAUUUCUGCUGGUCCUCUCAGGAGUCGAGCUGCAAAAGCAAUCGGGUUCAUUGACACGAUGAUUGAUUACUCAUCUGCCAAUGCACCUCUACAGAAGGAACUCUCUGCAGAUGAGGUAGGCAAUGCUGCUGCAUUCCUGGUAUCGCCUCUAGCCUCGGCCAUAACUGGUGCUGUGAUAUACGUCGAUAAUGGCCUGAACGCAAUGGGGGUGGGAGUAGACAGUCCCAUUUUCAAGGACCUUGACAUUCCAAAAGCCGAGCACUAGCACCUAACCAUCCCUCCAAGACGGCCCGGGUUCUUUCAUGUAUUCUGUUUGGUGAAUCUUAACAAUUAGCGUUUGCAUCGGAUCGAUUGAUUGAUGAUGCCGGCAGCCUGGUUUAGUAUGAGAAUGUAGUUGUAGUUGUGGGAUUCUACCAUCCAGCUAUAUGCUGAAGGUUUGGUCCUGGUUGCAGAAACUUCUGUGUUUUUCGUUCUUUUUUUGUAUGGUGUGACAACUUUGGCACUCCUUGUUUCUGUAUCUCUUGACAUUUAGAUGGUUCUUAGUGGAAGUGCAGGGCAAGUAAAUGAAGAGGGGCAAAAAAACUAAUAAGCUCCCCCUUAAAUUUCAUAUUUGCCUAGUAUGGGUUGGAUUGAGUUACAGUAAUGAGUUGGGUUUGACUAGAAUAUGUAUGAAUUAAACCGAGUUGUUCUAGUCUAAGUUUAUAUGGUCUCUUUCAAGUGUUAAUUAUUGUGUUGGCAU